GCAAUACGGGUGGGGAAAAGUAACGUCUGAUUUGUGUCAAUGCUGAACUUCGAGGAAGUGUUGAAUAAUUGCAACUGAGCACUGUUUCACCUGACGAGCAACGAUGGACAAGUUGCGUCGUGUAUUAAGUGGACGAGAGGAAAAUGAAGAAGUGGGACUUACAGCGCAGAUCAUGGACGGCACAACACUCAGUUUCAGCACACGGCUGAAGUGGUUUGUCAUUUGUUUUGCAGGGGGUGUCCUGUGCUCAAUACUCGGAACCGCACUCCUCUUUUUACCCAAAGCUGGUGUUAAUUUGUUUGCUGUAUUCUACACCCUCGGAAAUAUCGCAGCAAUUUCUAGCACCUGUUUCCUAAUGGGCCCAUUCAAACAGCUGAAGCGAAUGUUUGAGCCCACCAGACUCAUAGCUACUAUUAUGAUGCUGCUAUUCCUUGUGUUGACGUUAUGCGCAGUGUUUUGGUGGGGCAAAAAGGGUUUGGCGAUCAUCUUCUGCAUUUUGCAAUUUUUGGCUAUGACGUGGUACAGCAUCUCCUACAUUCCAUUUGCACGGGAUGCUGUUAUUAAGUGUUUCACCUCCUGUUUGGGCUGAACUAUCCAGUAUUUCAGGUCUGCACAGUAAAUAUGGAAGAAACAAAACAAGUUUUUCUCUUUCAUCUCCAAACAACACUGUCCUCCUUGACCUUAAAACAUUUCCUCUUUUGUCUUAAUGUAAUAAUUUUAAAUGAACAUUGUGUAAUAUUAAGAGUGAAUGUGUAAUAUUUGCAUUUAUUACGAGCCUAAUUUCUUUUUUUAUCUUUAAGGCGUUUUUGUUUUCCUUUUUUUUUUGGUUUGCGUGUGGCUGAUAAAUGCUUAAAAUAUGAUACACUGCCAGUAAAAAAAAAAAAAAAAAAAAGUGCCUUGUGAUGUUUAUGAAUGAACUUAUUUGCUACUGUUCAGUUUUGUACAGAAAAGGAAUUGCAUUUCUACCAAAUAUAUUAACAAAAAAAUGAAAGAAAAGCCUUUUCGUGCGAUACCACGCACCAAACGAAUAAAACGUGUUCUUUCAUUGGUUUUUUGAUGCUAUUUGACUGUUGAACAGAGUUAAUAUGUCAUAAUCUUCUGACUUAUGCGUUCAGAAUAAUGAUGAGUAUAAUGCUGGUUGUUUGAGCCCAGGGCAACUCAGACAGCUGUCUCACCGCUUUCUCUGGAGAUCAGAUGAUGGUAUUCUAUCCAUCUAUGUGCUCUUUUUUUUGUGUUUCAUCUACAAUGUCUCUGUUUAAUAAACCUAUGCCAUCAUA